AUGUCUUACUACCCCCCACACCAGACUGGGACGAGCUAUCCUUACGCCGGGUAUCCUCAAGCCGGCACGUACACCCCGCACCCUCAAACCGCAGGAGCAUACCCCACCACGCCUUACCAGCCCUACGCACCGCCAACGGCAGUAACAAGCUACGGAACUACGUGGUCAUACCACGGCUAUAGUUACUAUCCACAGCAACAUCAGGCCCAGCAGCAAGCGCAUGCACAAGUGGCUCAGCCCAAACCUGCCACCACUGUAGCCGCAGCCACUUCCACUCCUGCGACCCCUGCACCUAUCACCGCGGCCCCGAACGGUGCAACGACCGCUACGAGGCCCGCUGUUCCAUCAACGUACACAUUUACGUCGUACAACCGGGACUCUUCCCUGUACACGCGGAGCUCAAAGAAGGGGCCAAGUUAUAGGGGACUGUUUGCAAAAGAGCUGCGCAACCUCAUGUACGGGUUCGGAGAUGACCGCAACCCCGCGAACGACACUGUCAACGUGAUGGAAGAGAUCCUCAUUGAGUACAUCAUAGACAUUUGCCAGUCGGCGUCUGGAGGCGGAAAGAAGUCACGACUGUCGAUUGAGGACCUCCGGAGAGCGCUUUCGAGGCCGGCUGACGCGAAGAAGCUGGCACGUAUGGAGGAGCUGUUGUUCAUGCAGGAAGAUAUCAAGCGGGCGCGUGCUGAAUUUGACGAACCUGACAUGCACCCUGCCGGAUCAUCACAGGCAAUGUAA